GAGAGGAGGAUCCCCAGGAUAUCAGACCAUACUGUAGAAUCGACUGUACUAGGCCAGAAUAAACAAGUCUCAGUAUAUCCAUACUAACAUUUGUACGUAGCGUUCUAAUUAAGAAGCAAACACUGCUAAGUUUUGUACAUAAAAUAUCUAUAAGAAGUUCCUCUAACCGAUGAAGAAAAAUUCGAGUUGGCUCUACAAACCGAGCAAGAACUAGCACGCUAUGCUAGAACGUAUAUCAUUUUAGACAGAAACCGAGCCGAGUUCCUCCAUACUGGAGGAGCAUGUGGUAAACUUGCUAAACAUAAAAAAGUUUUGGAUAUUUUUAAAAGAGAACAAAGAAACAUCCUAACUGAUCUCGCGGUUGCUUCGGCAGAGGCAAAGAUAAAACAAGAUGAAAAAUUAUCAAAAAAGUUGAACAAAUUGUUAAUCGAGUAUGACGAGUUUGAUGCUGAUAUUAAAAUGGAAAAAGCUUACACGAGUGAAAUAGAAUAUCAAAUCCAAAUAAUGAAAAAGAAAGCGCUAGAGCAAGCUGCUGAACAAAUUUCAGAAAACAAAUAUCAAGAAAGAAUAAUCAAGGGUGAGAAAACCGUCCAAACCUUAGAAAAUAAGCUGGAAGUACAAGUGAAGAAGUUUUGUUCAAUUUGUGCUGAAAAUCGAAAUCUUCGCUACGAGCUUCAACAUCUGCUCAAUGAGAGAACAGAGUUUAAUAAAACAUGGGACAAUCUAAUAAAAAAUUUGUGCAUUGGAAAGAAAUUUAUGAUCGAUCUAAUUGAACAAGCAACCAUUGCUUACGAUCAAAGAGAGGAAUGGGUAUCAAAACUGCAGUUUCUAAGAACGAAAGCACAUAAUGAUUUACUGCUCCACGUUCAAGAAAUGAGAAAUUUUCAAAGAAAAAGAGAUAACGAUUUAAAACUUCAAGAAUUCUUUGCUACAAAAGGUCAAAGAAGGUUCAUGAAAGACCUUGAAGCAAUGAAUUUGAAAAAAAGGGAAAAGAACAAAAUGCUUAUACAGAACAAACUGGAAAGUUAUCUCGAAAUGUUAAUGAAAAUUAAAGAAUUUGCAAAUCAAAGCAAAAUCCCAGAUAUUGCUAAAGAUUUUCUACGUCAAGAGGAAGAGAACUUUGCAAAAUUUAAAUAUAUAAAUGAUCUUAAUAAGCAAUUAGAAGACACCAGCGACAAUCUAACAGAGUUACAUAAUGUAAUUGAUGGACAGCGUGUUCUACACGAGGGCAGGACAAUUCAACAGGAAGAUACUUUGAAAGCGUUGGAGGAAAAAGUAGAAGAAAAACGAAAAUCCGUUCAAAAUAAAGAGGAAGAGUUAAAAACACUUGACCAGAAAUUAAACGUUAUCCUGACUGGCAUAGGAACUUUAUUUAAACUCUUUAGAUGUAACAAUGAUCCUUUGAUAUUAAUGCUAGGUCACAAUCAAACAAUCCAUAAAUAUAAUGCCUUGUUGUAUCUCCAAAUUCUUGAAAGUAAUAUACAGGAAGCUCUUGUAUCUGUUCACCAAUUAGAACAAAAGAAAGGAACUAAAUCUGACACUCAAGUUGUGCGGCAAGAUAGACGGCCACAGGUAAUACAUCCGAUAGAAAAAAUAUGCGCAACAAGUCCAUGCCCGCUCUGCAUAGAACACGAUCUGGUCAGCGAUGUUAUCGACGAGUUACAGUUUGCUUAUAAUAAAGACGAAAUUCGUGAAAAAUUACGGAUACGUCUAAGCAUUGAAGGUCAAGAGAGUGGGUUGCAUAAUGUGUCAGCUUGUCAUUUGCCAAAAUCUAGACAAAUUAUACAAAAACGUUAUCAAUAAAACUAAAUAAUAAAAUUAUAA